AUGACAAUAUUCAGUAUUGAUAUUGAUAUAGCUUGGUUACUUUCAACUGUUAUCGGCUUGCUUCUAAUUAUCUUUGAGCUUGGCCUUAUUUUUUGGAUAAAAAUCGCUGGUUUCUCCAUUACAGCAGCUAUUACUGCUAUCGUUACGCUUUCUUUAGCAGGCUUGUCAUUUAUAAUUUGUUUUGUUGACUUCUACAUUAGAAUAAUUCGUGCUGCAGUUUUUCUGCAUCCGAAGGACUUAGAAUCAAUUGAACAUAAUGCUAUUACAAAUGUUGCUUCUCUGCAUACUUCAUCAACAACAACAUUAACAACACGUAUAAGUGGAAACCGUUAA